CGGGGGCGCGCACGCGGCCUAGCGACGCAGCAGAAGCCUGGGCUGACAUUGUGACGGCGGCCGGGGACGGGGACGGGGAAAGGAGGCUGCCGUUCGGGCGGGCCUUGCACAGACAGCCGCCGCCAUGAGCAAGAGGAAAGCGCCGCAGGAGUCGCUGAACGAGGGGAUCACCGACUUCCUGAUCGAACUGGCUAACUUUGAGAGGAAUGUGAAUCGAGCAAUGCACAAGUACAAUGCUUACAGGAAAGCAGCGUCAGUUAUUGCAAAAUAUCCAACAAUAAUCAAGAGUGGUGCAGAAGCUAAAAAACUGGAAGGAGUUGGUGACAGGAUUGCUAAGAAGAUUGACGAGUUUCUAGCAACAGGAAAGUUGCAAAAGCUGGAAAAGAUUCGUCAAGAUGAUACCAGUUCAUCUAUUAACUUUUUAACAAGAGUAACCGGGAUAGGACCUGCGGCAGCGAGAAAGUUUGUGGAGGAGGGAAUCAAGACUUUGGAUGAUCUGAGAGAGAAUGAACACAUACUGAAUUAUCAUCAGCGGAUUGGCUUGAAGUAUUUUGAGGACUUUGAAAAGCGAAUUCCUCGGACAGAAAUGGUGAAAAUGCAGGCUCUAGCUCUGCGGGAGGUGGAAAAAUUAGAUUCUAAAUAUGUCGCCACCGUUUGUGGCAGCUUCAGACGAGGCGCUGAGUCCAGUGGUGAUAUGGAUAUUCUCUUGACUCAUCCGGACUAUACCUCGGAAUCAUUAAAAAGGCCAAAGCUUCUUCAUAAAGUUGUGGAAUGCCUGGAAGCAAUAGACUUUGUCACCAUCACCCUUUCCAAGGGAGAUUCCAAGUUCAUGGGUGUCUGCCGAUUACCAGAAGAGAGUGAUGGCAGUGAGAAUCCAUUCAGGAGAAUUGACAUCAGGCUCAUUCCAAAGGAUCAGUAUUUCUGUGGCGUGCUUUAUUUCACCGGAAGUGAUCUCUUUAACAAGAACAUGAGGACCCAGGCCCUGGAAAAAGGCUUCACAUUGAAUGAGUACACUAUUCGUCCAUUGGGAGUGACAGGAAUCCCUGGCGAACCACUACCAGUGGAGAGUGAAAGCGACAUCUUUGAAUACAUUGAAUGGCGAUACAAGGAACCAAAAGAACGAAGUGAGUGAUUGCGUGCCACCUGACGACCACGCGCAGUCACCUCACAGAACACUCCGGGGUUCAGUGGGAGCGAGAAUGUGCUGAAUCUUGACAAGUAAAGAACCAAGUGAAAUAUUUCAGAAGGAAUUCUCAAUAACUUUAUUCAAGACCUGGGUAAUGCGCAUAUGGCUAGCAUGUUAUGUAUUUAUAGAGAUCAACUUUUGUACAAGGUCCCAUGCAGUAAUAUCAAUAAAGCACAAUUAGGGA